UGCUGCAGAAUAUAUAUGUGUAGCUACAAAUGAUGCUGGUGUGGUUGAACACCGUGUAACUCUUACCUUACAUAGUGCGCCUGUUAUUAAAAUUGAACCAGUAGAGACUAUUGUUGAUGCUGGAACCACAGCAAUGCUGAAUUGCCAAGCAGAAGGAGAACCUCGUCCAACUAUUGAAUGGUCUCGUCAAGGCUGGCCUCUUCUGAAUCAAGACCGAAUGACUGUUUUGACAAAUGGCUCUCUGCGUAUUGCAGUUGCUCGUAAAGAGGAUACUUCUGAAUAUGAAUGCGUAGCUAGGAAUCUCAUGGGUUCUGUCCUUGUCAAAGUGCCAUUCAUUGUUCAGGUGCAUGGUGGGUUUUCUGAAUGGCUUGAAUGGCAACCAUGUAGCGUAACAUGUGGCCAGGGUCUCCAAAAGAGGAUUCGUCUGUGCAACAAUCCUUUCCCUGCUAAUGGUGGACAACGUUGUAUGGAGCCUGAUCAUGAAAUACGGAGCUGUCAGAGCAAGCUGUGUCCAGUGGAUGGAAGCUGGUCAGAAUGGGGGUCUUGGGAAGAAUGCUCUAAAACCUGUGGGCAAGGCAAUAAAACCAGAACCAGAAGUUGUAGCAAUCCUCCAGCUCAACAUAGAGGAAGGCCUUGUGAAGGCAAUGCAAUGGAGUCAAUUGUGUGCAACAUUAGGCCCUGCCCAGUUAAUGGUGCCUGGAGUUCCUGGUUAUCAUGGGGACCUUGCAGCGAGACAUGUGGCAAAGGUACUCAGAACAGAAUACGGCUGUGCAAUAAUCCUCCUCCAUCAUUUGAUGGUUCUUACUGUGAUGGACCUGAUGUACAGAUGCAGGUUUGCAAUGACAGAGAUUGUCCAGUGAAUGGAAAAUGGGCUUCCUGGUCUAGCUGGAGUGCCUGUACUAUGUCUUGUGGAGGUGGUACCCAACAGAGAACAAGAGACUGCUCAGACCCACCCCCAGAGAAUGGUGGGCACAAAUGUGAAGGGAAUGAUCUCCAGGUUGACUUCUGCAACACUGACCUCUGCCCCACACACGGAAACUGGGGCCCAUGGAGCAACUGGGGGACUUGCAGCCGGACAUGUAACAGUGGCCAUAUGAGAAGAUAUCGGACUUGUGACAAUCCUCAUCCACUCAAUGGAGGAAGAGCCUGCGCUGGGGCUGAUACACAGAUUCAGAGGUGUCAUGCAGAGCUAUGUCCUGUGGAUGGAAACUGGGGUCCAUGGCAGCCUUGGAGCACAUGUUCAGCUUCUUGUGGAGGAGGGGAAAAGAUCCGAUCCCGGUUGUGCAACAACCCAUCCCUCUCUAACAAUGGACGUCCUUGCCCUGGAGACGAGGCUCAAGUAUCCAGGUGUAACAUUCAGGCUUGUCCAGGUGGGCCCCCACGUGCUAGAGGAAGCAUCAUUGGAAAUAUUAACAAUGUUGAGCUUGGAAUCGCUUUCCUGAAUGCUACCGUAAGAGAUGGUCCAGAGGAGAAUAUUAUAAGAACACAAGCCAAAAUUACAAAUAUCCCUCCAAGUCUUGGUCCUGUAAUGAGAGUGCUGGUUUCUAUUCUGAGUCCUAUUUAUUGGACAACAGCCAAAGAAAUUGGCGAAGCUAUGAAUGGCUUUUCGCUCACCAGUGCAGUUUUCAAGAGAGAAACACAAGUAGAAUUUGCUACUGGGGAGUUCGUACAAAUGACUCACGUUGCCCGUGGUUUGGAUUCCGAUGGUUCUUUACUCUUGGAUGUUGUUAUCAGUGGCCACAUACUACAGCUACAGUCAACAGCUGAUGUUAAUGUAAAAGAUUAUACAGAAGAUUACAUUCAGACAGGCCCUGGUCAGCUUUAUGCUUACUCCACUCGACUCUUCAGCAUAGAUGGGGUCAGUGUACCCUACACUUGGAACCAUACCAUUACCUAUGAUCAAAAUCAUGGAAAAAUGCCUUUCCUGGUUGAAACACUUCAAGCCUCUUCUGUCAAAACAGAAUACAACCCACUUGAAGAAGCUCUGACUUUUAAAAUCGGUGCUUCCAUUACAAAAGGAGACCACAGCAACCGGUGCCCUAAUGGGUUUAGUUUGGAUUCUUCUGGUUCCUACUGUUCAGAUGAAGAUGAGUGUACAACUCAAAAGCCAUGUUCCCAUACAUGCCACAAUGUUGUAGGAACCUAUUACUGCUCCUGUCCCAAAGGCCUGACCAUAUCAGCAGAUGGAAGAGCAUGUCAAGAUAUUGAUGAGUGUACCUUAGGGAGGCAUUCAUGCUUGGCUGGCCAAGACUGUGAGAACAUUAUUGGCUCAUAUCGGUGUGUGGUUCAAUGUGGAAUUGGUUUUAGAAGAACACCAGAUGGAUUGAGUUGCCAAGAUGUAAAUGAAUGCCAAGAGUCUAACCCUUGUCAUCAACACUGCUUCAACACCAUUGGAAGUUUCCACUGUGGAUGUGAUCCAGGAUAUCAGCUGAAAGGCAGAAAAUGCAUGGAUGUGAAUGAAUGCAGACAAAAUAUAUGCAGACCUGACCAAUUAUGCAAGAAUACACGAGGUGGCUAUAAAUGCAUUGAUCUGUGUCCAAGUGGAAUGACCAAAGCAGAAAAUGGAACAUGUAUAGAUAUUGAUGAAUGCAGAGAUGGUACUCACCAAUGCCGAUACAAUCAGAUAUGUGAAAAUUCACUAGGAAGUUAUCGGUGUGUGUGCCCAAGAGGAUAUCGAUACCAGGGAGUUGGAAGACCCUGUAUGGACAUUGAUGAAUGUGAGAACAGGGGUGUAUGUCAGCAUGAAUGCAGGAACACCUUAGGGAGUUACCAGUGUUUUUGCCCAAUGGGUUACCGAAUCAUGCCCAAUGGCAAAACAUGUCAAGACAUAGAUGAAUGCCAUGAACAGAACAUCCACUGUGGACCAAACCGCAUGUGUUUUAACAUGAAAGGAAGCUACCGGUGUAUAGAAACUCCUUGUCCUCCAAACUAUCAACGAGAUCCUCUUUCUGGAUUGUGCCUCAAGAACUGCCCGCCCAAUGAUCUGGAAUGUGCCUUGAGCCCUUACGCCUUGGAAUACAAACUUGUAUCUCUCCCAUUUGGGAUUGCUGCCAAUCAGGAUUUAAUCCGAUUAGUUGCCUACACUGAAGAUGGAGUGAUGCAUCCGAGGACCACUUUCCUUAUGGUGAAUGAGGACACAACUGUCCCUUUUUCACUCCGAGAUGAGAACUUGAAAGGAGUGGUGUACACCACGAGGCCUCUGCAAGAGCCAGAGACAUAUCGGAUAAGAGUCAGAGCUCUGUCUUACAACACUGAGGGAGCCAUUGAAUAUCAGACCACUUUCAUAGUCUAUAUAGCUGUGUCUGCUUAUCCUUACUAAGAAAAGCACUGCCAAAAAUAAUCACAGUAUGUUAACCACAUGCAUACAUGCCGCUGGGUGUCACACUUCCAGAAUGACUGCCUCGUCUUUAAACAGUUGCAGACUGUGCAACCUGAGGAGAAAAUGGUGCUAUGCUUCUUCUUUCUGGCUGCCAAUCUUGUUGCAAUAAUUUCAUCUUGACAAAAAUAACCAUAGUCCAUGAAUCCUUGGAAUCUUACCACAUGCUUUAUUUAUUACACUGGAGCAGUCACCUCCCAAAGAUUGUUCUGCCGACUCUUUGGAACUAGCAAGAUUUAGUAAUUAGGCAAUAAUGUAGCGCUAAAAGAAUGACAUGUAAGGAUGUUUUUAUUUUUUCCCCCCACAUGAAAACAAAAUAAUUGUUCCUGGUAUGAAAAUAAGCAUGGUAUAUUUUUUACAAAAUAACAAGAAAUAUUUGCAUAAUCACAAUUGUAUUUAUUUAACACUUGGUGGAAACAGUACCUUUCCUGGAUAUAACACUAAGGUAAGAUAGUACUUGGUCAUAAUUAAAAUAUAGUUUUAAGAAAAGCAGAACAGGUCACGAGAAUCCCGUAGAGUUGAUUGCACAUAUGCACAGCAGCAAACUGGCUAGCUUCCUCAGUACAAGCAAAUUGUAGCCAAUUCUGCUCUCCAAUGAUAUACCUAUGGAUACAUCUGUCAUGUUACUUUUUCAAAUGCAUACUGCAAUAAAACCCUAAUGUGGAAAAGAUAAUUGCCUUCCUGCUCAUCCCAAAAUGAGUUUGGGGGGCUUUUGGAGUCCUCAGUGGGAAUAUUCAAAGAAGUCUUGCAAAACAUGGUCUUCCUCAUCUCCAAUGGAUGGGUGGAGGGUGGGGGGCUUAACUUGAGAAUGGGGAAGCAAUUGUUCGGGCAAAGAGUUAAUUAAGAUUUAAUUUAAAAUCUUAACCCAGACUUUUAGUACUUAUAAAAAUGCCACAUAUUUGCUUUCCUCUAACAUGAACUUUAUGUUAAAAACCUUUAUUUUUAUUUGAUAUGUUUUAAUUCAAUAUUUCAUUGUUUCUAAUUACGUUCUAAUUUACCCUCACCCCGCUCCCUGUCCUUUUGUGCACAGUUUCUGGCUACUUUAUAUGGUGCACAAGCUAGGAACAAGGGCUGGCUUUUAUAUCGGUUACUUAGAACAGGAAAUUUGGUGAACUGUGCAAAGAAGAUAAUUCAACUUUCUUCUUCAAGGGAUGACUUAAACUUAAAAUUAUAUGAAAACUUGCUUAACCCAAAUACCAAGUUUGGUUAAAAAUGUGUUAGAUGUCAAAACACUGUAUAAGGUGGUAAUAAACUCUGGAAGUAAUGUUUGCCAAGAUGUAUUCUAUUUUUAUGAAACUAUAUGUAUAUUUAAGUUUGCUUGUAUGUGUUCUCUAUGCAGUGUAAGGGCUUUUUUUCCAAAAGAAAAAAGAAAAGAAAAACAAGUGUUUUACCAAAGAAUGUUUACACAGUGGUACUAACCAAAUAAAACUUUACUUUCUUUUUUUUUUUUUACUAUUAAAUAUGGCAAGAUUGUUAUAUACUGUUUAUUAUUCAAUGUUUCCUAAGUGUUUCAUUCUCUAGAUUAGUGCUGCCAUGAGAAUUCCAAAAGUGAUUACCAAAUUGUGAUUUUUUUAUUGUUCGAGAAAUGGGGAAAGUGUUAAUUAUAUUUGUUGUUGUUCAGUCGUUAAGU